UUCAGCAACCAUGUCUUCAGCUCAGCAUCUCAGAGAGUUUAUCAGAGAGAGACUAACUGCUGCUGCUGAAGAAAUCUUCACUGAGGUCGAAAAAACCAUCAUUUGCUACGAGGAGCAGCUCGAUGCUCAGCGCAGGAUGAUGGGGAUCAACUGGAAACCGCAGAUAAAACUCAACAGAAUCGGUUCGGAGCUGCAGAGACAAAGUUCUGACAUCCAGAACCCACAUGUGUCGGUUAAGGAGGAAGCUGCUACCGUCCAGGAGAGAAGGUCCAGUCAUGAGGAGGACGAAGCUGAAUCUCAGUUUACUGAUAUUCUUGUUAAAGUCAUUUCUUCCAAUGCAACUGAAGAGGAACAGAUGGAACCAGAACCUCCACUGACUGAAGAACAUUGGGAACCAGGAUCUAUAUGGAUCAAAGAGGAAGAGGAGGAGUCACAAUCUCCGGUGUUUAAUUUUGAACAGCAGGAACCAGAACCAGAACCAGAACCUUUACCGACCAGGCAGAACCAGAAGCACGUCUGCAGCAGUCAGGAGGGAGAACAGCUGGACCAGAAGCAGUUUGCUGCUUUGAUGGAGACUUUCACACUUCAGAGACGGGAUCUGAGUGACGGAGAGCCAAGUGAGCGACUUUCCUUUUCUCCUGAAGCCGAGAGCAGAGACCAGGAAGGAAGCAGCUCCACCGUGUCAGAGAAUCAGUCCCACACCGACACCAGAACCGGGCCUUUCAGCUGUGGUGUGUGUGGGAGAUUACUGAAGAAUAAAUACGACUUAAAACAGCAUUACAUGACCCACACUGGAGAAAAGCCUUUUACUUGUGAAACAUGCAGUAAACGUUUUGCUAGACGUUCUCAAUUAAAUGUUCACUAUAGAACCCACACCGGAGAAAGGCCUUUUACUUGUCUGAUAUGCAAGAAAAGUUUCUUUCAAAUUGGUCAUUUAAAUGUCCACAAGAACAUUCAUACAGGUGUGAGGCCUUUUUCUUGCGAAACAUGUGGGAAAAGUUUUACUAGACGUUAUUUAUUAAAUAUUCACCGGAGAAGCCACAUGGGUGAGAGGCCUUUCUCAUGGGAGAGCUUUAUGAAAAGCUUCUAGAAUAAAACAUGUUUAGAUCAACAUGGGAAAGUCACACUGCCUUUCCUGUGUAGGUUUGGAGUAAACAUGUUUUCACUCAAUCCAAAUAUCUCCAACAAUUCAUUUUCAAAUCGCUCUCCAAGUUAAAUGUGAACCAGAAAACCCACAGAGGUGGAAGAAGCUUAUUAGAUGCUUUUAGGCUGAAUUUCCACAUGAAACAAAAACCCAGAGGUGAAGAGAGGUCGUCCAUCUGUCCAGCUGCUGAAGUUUAGUCCAAAUACCGUCAUCAACAUAACUGCAGAUCUACAACAGGAAGGAUCAAACUAAUGUAUUGUAGAGUUGGAAUGGCCUAAUCAAAGGCUGGACUUCAACCUUAUUAUAACCUGAUGUGCAGAAUUGGAUGUUUGUAAAUAAAUGAUCUACAGUGGGGUUGUAGAGGAAACAUUUCUCCACACCAACGAUGUUAAACUUACUUUUGGUUGAUUUCCUCAAUCUGAAGUUUAAUUUCAUAACUUUAAAACUUUGUUAAGUUUUAAACUUAACUGAACUUUAAAACUUUGUUUUAAAGUUCAUAAACUACUGAUGGUUGCUGUUGACAACAUUGUUCAUUUGAUUUUUCAAUGUUUAUCUUAAGAACUUUUGAGUUUAUUCCAUUUAUUGAUAAAUGUAUUUUAGACUUUUACUGUGAAAACCA